CUGACUUGUGGUACCCACCUCCCCGCGCGGAUAAGAAUCACGAAGCAACAACCGCAAGCUGCUACUGCUAGUGCUGUGCUCCACCUCCAUCCAUGGCUCAUCCCCUCCUCUCCUCCGCUUCUCCUCGCUUUCUUCUCGCCGCCGCAGCAGGCAAUGGCGUUUCCCGGCUGUCCGUGACGUCAGCACGCCCCGCUGCUCGAGCGAGCAGGAGGCACGCGAGGCAGAGGGCCCUGAGCGUGAGGUGCGAGCAGGGAGCCAAGGGCGGCGGCGGGGGGUUGGACGUGUGGCUGAGCCGCGGCGCGAUGCUGGGCUUCGUCGGGGCGGUGGCCGUGGAGCUGAGCACCGGCAAAGGGGUGCUCGAGAACGUCGGCCUGACCGCGCCGCUGCCGACGGCGGCGCUGGCGCUCACCGGCGUGGUCGGGGUCUUGGCGGCCUUCCUCAUCUUCCAAUCCGGGUCGCGGGACUGACGGGUGCGUGGCGAGCUGAGACGAUUCCCCCAACAGAACUGCCUGCCUGAAGUCCUGAACUGCCGGCGCCGUCCCCCCUUCAUUCGAUCGAGCUCUUUCUCCCGGGAAACCAUAGCUGCAUCUGCAAUACCGCAUAUCUCCAGUCUAGUGCUGUGUCACUGUGUGUGCGCGCCUGCACUUUCCGUUUCGUUCAGAGAAAGAGAAUAUAGAGGAGAGUUGGAGGGGAAAAGAUUAUUGAAUUGUUAUAUCAAAGUGUUCUUAUAGUUUCUUAUAAGUUAUUGCUAGUAUCUACUUCAAAAGAGUACAGUGGCUGUAACAUCCUGGCUUCCUGCUUCCCUCUCCUGGGAUCUUGACAGCAGUUGAGCACUUCAGUUAAGCCUCUGCACGAUAAUGGCGUAUCCGCGUAUGGACGAUAACGCUCUUUAUAAUUUUUUGUUUUUGAUAAUUAUAACGCUCUUUGUAUUGUUGCUGGUUGUUACAAAUGGUAACACCAUCUCGAUAA